CUCGGAUCUUAUGAAACAAAUGUUUAUUUAUUUUAUGAGGCACGAAUUCCCAUUUUGUUCCCUAUAUAUAGUAUAAAAUGUCCUUACAUUUCUUCAUAACCAUACCAUACUCUACCUACAUUAUUACUCCUCCUCUCUCCUUUUUCUUCUCAUAGAGGGUAGUUCAAAUAGUCAUGGCACUUCCACUCUCAUUCAUGCUACUCUUUCUACUACUACUUCUACUUCUUGUACCUUCCUUCAUUCACUCAUCCCCACUUCAAGAUCCUGAAUUAGUAGUCCAAGAUGUACAAAAGAGUAUUAAUGGUUCAAGGAGAAACUUAGCAUUUCUUUCUUGUGGAACGGGCAACCCAAUUGAUGAUUGUUGGAGAUGCGACCCAAAUUGGGAAAAGAAUCGUAAGCGAUUAGCAGAUUGUGCCAUUGGAUUUGGUAAACAUGCAAUUGGAGGCAGAGAUGGUAAAAUCUAUGUAGUAACUGACCCUGGUGAUCACCCUGUGAAACCAAAGCCAGGAACAUUAAGAUAUGGUGUUAUUCAAGAGGAACCAUUGUGGAUAAUAUUCAAGCGUGACAUGGUGAUUAAGCUUAAGCAAGAGUUAAUGAUGAAUUCUUUCAAGACUAUUGAUGGUAGAGGAACAAAUGUACACAUUGCAGGUGGACCUUGUAUUACUAUACAAUUUGUGACAAAUAUUAUCAUUCAUGGGAUUAAUAUACAUGAUUGUAAAAGAGGUGGGAAUGCUUAUGUCAGAGAUUCAACUACACAUUAUGGUUUUAGGACACUUUCUGAUGGUGAUGGUGUGUCAAUUUUUGGUGGGAGUCAUGUUUGGGUGGAUCAUUGUUCUCUUUCUAAUUGUCGUGAUGGAUUAAUUGAUGCUAUUCAUGGAUCUACAGCUAUUACUAUUUCUAAUAAUUUUAUGACUCAUCAUAAUAAGGUUAUGCUUUUGGGUCAUAGUGAUAGUUUCACUAGAGAUAAAAAUAUGCAAGUUACCAUUGCUUUUAACCAUUUUGGAGAAGGACUAGUUCAAAGAAUGCCAAGAUGUAGGCAUGGAUACUUCCAUGUGGUGAACAAUGACUACACACAUUGGCAAAUGUAUGCCAUAGGAGGGAGUGCUGCUCCAACCAUUAACAGCCAAGGCAAUAGAUUUCUUGCUUCUAAUGACAAUACCUUCAAAGAGGUGACAAAGCGUGAGAUUGCACCACAAAGCCAAUGGAAGAAUUGGAAUUGGAGGUCAAGUGGUGAUUUGAUGUUAAAUGGUGCAUUCUUUAGAGCAUCAGGAACAGGUGCAUCUUCAAGCUAUGCAAGAGCAUCUAGUUUGGCAGCAAAACCAUCUUCUUUGGUUGCUUCUAUCACUGCAUCAGCUGGAUCACUAAACUGCAGAAAGGGUUCUCGCUGCUGAAUUAGGAACAAAAAGCCUAAUAGUAUAUUAUUACUUUACAUAGACAAAUAAAAGGCAAGAAUCAAAACUGAUUCAACUUUUGUUGUAUAUUGAACUUUUUAAACAUUUUGUUUUGUAACUACAACCUUAGCUUGUGUCUACAACAAUCCACUUUGUGUUAUGGUAUAGUAAUACUAAGUAUCAUGAUGAAGGUGACAGACACAAGUAAAAGAGUUGAUAUAAUUAUAUGUUCAAUGAAAAAUCAGAAAUGAGGAAAGACCAAAAAAAGUUUCAAUGAAAUGUUUAUAA